CCCCGCCUGGGUACCAGUCUGCGCUCCCCAGCCCCGGCGGCGAAAGAGAUGGGGCCGCGUCACGAGCUCCCGGCCCCUUAAAAACGCUGCUGGCUGGAGCCGCCUCCCUCCCUGCAGCCCGCGGGGGGAUGGAGUAGAGGCAGAUCCACCGAGCUGCUCGCGGGGGCCCGCGAUGGAGUUAAAGCAGUCUCUGGCAAGCCAUUCGGAAGCCGAGAAGCCUCUCCGGCGCUAUGGGGCGGUGGAGGAGACCGCGUGGAAAGCGGAGGGACUGGGGAGAAGUCAGCUGGACAUCGUGUCCAUGGCCGAGACGACCAUGAUGCCUGAGGAGAUCGAGCUGGAGAUGGCCAAAAUCCAGCGGCUGCGGGAGGUGCUGGUGCGCCGGGAGUCGGAGCUGAGGUUCAUGAUGGAUGACAUCCAGCUGUGCAACGCCAUCAUGGACCUGAAGCAGGAGCUGCAGAGCCUGGUCGCCAUCCCAGAAAAAGAGAAGACCAAGCUGCAGAAGCAGAGAGAGGACGAGCUCAUUCAGAAGAUCCACAAGCUGGUGCAGAAGCGAGACUUCCUAGUGGAUGAUGCCGAGGUGGAGCGGUUGAGAGAGCAAGAAGAAGACAAGGAAAUGGCUGAUUUCCUGAGACUCAAGUUAAAACCUCUAGACAAAGUAACCAAAUCUCCAGCCAACUCCCGGUCAGAGAAGAAGGCCGAGCCCCCGCCCAGCAAGCCCACGGUGGCCAAGACAGGGCUGGCGCUCAUCAAGGACUGCUGUGGGGCCACCCAGUGCAGGAUCAUGUAGCCCCCAGCUGGGGUGCCC